CUCAGAACAGGUUGAAGAUGAUACACUAGACUAUACUGCAUAUGUACAUGCUCCUUUGCAGAGCUUGAGAUGAAAUGACGCAGGAACUUGUAGUACAGGAUGAACUGAGCCUACAACACCUGUGAACUGAAGAAUGACAACAAUACAAGACAUCAUAACAUAUAGGGAACUCUAGAGGAUGAACAUAUAAUGGAUCUAAUUAACAAAAUUGGCCAUCAAAGAAAUAGAGUAAAAAUUAAACCGAUUAAAUUAUACCGAUCGAUAUUCUGAAAUAAUUAUAAAGAUGGGAAUAAACUGGAUAGUCAUGGAUUAAAUGACAAUAAAACUUAAUUACAAUCAAUACAACAAUUGCCACGAUGUAGACAGAAAAUUCAAGGCUAAUUGUUAGAAAAUAUAAAAAAUCCAAUUUUAAUUAUUUUGGGACUUGAAUCUAUUACUAUUGAGAAGUAAAGUGGUACAACAGGUGAAACUGGAAAAUAGUUAAGAAAACAGGAUAGUAGACUUUGUCUGGUUUUCAACAAUAGCCUAACUUUUUCCAGGACCGUUAACAUUGAAUAGGAAAAUGGGCGCCUCAAAUUCAAAGACAAACAAAUACCAGCCAACUUCUGAUGAUGCUGUGGACCUGCAAGCCAUACAUGAAGAUCCUGUCAUAAAUGAAGUGAAUGAGACAACUGAUGCAUGUGGGGGAGCAGAAGAUGCUGAUGUGAAAGAGAGUCUUCUCAAGAAACAUGAUGGCAUUGAAUCUACUGAAGCCCCCGUAAAUGCAAGAAAAAACACAACUCAAUCAAGCAAUCCCACUAAAACAUCCUUAGCUCCUGAAGGUGAACUAUUUGUUAAAGAGAAACCUUGCCCCUAUGACUACACAAAUCUCAUACUAGAGGGUGGAGGAAACAAAGGACUUGCUUACUGUGGAGCUAUUAAGAUUCUCGAUGAAAAAGGAAUCUUCUCAAAUCUUUAUAGAUAUGCUGGUUCCAGCGCGGGAGCCAUGAUGGCAACACUUCUCGCAUUUGGAUAUUCUUCUUCGGAGAUUGAGGAUAUCGCGAGACGGGAAAGUCCCCAGACAUUUUUAGAUGCAAAAUUUGGAAUCGUUUCUUUAUUGUGGAAUCUGAUCAGACAUAAAGGCUGGCAUCCAGGGAAGAGAGUAGAGACGAUAUGCCAGUUUUAUGCUGAAAAGAAGUUUGGGAAUCCUAAGCUAUCAUUCAUGGAGCUUUACGAGAAGUCAGGUAGAGAACUGUGCAUUAUAGUCACAAAUCUGACCACGAUGAGUGUUGAAUAUUUCCAUCCAAAAACUACCCCUGAUGUAUCGAUUGCUUUGGCUGUUCGUAUGUCUGCCGCAUUACCAGGUAUGGUUCAGCCUGUGAUCUUGGAGCGACAUGGUAUAAAACAUUGUUAUAUAGAUGGUGGGGUACUCUGCAACUACCCGAUACAUUGCUUUGAUGGGUGGUACCUCUCGAUGGAUCCUAAAGAUAGUUUCUUCAGAAGACUAGAGAAUAUGAGUAGCACAACCAAGGAAAAUAUGUUCAGGGAACACAAUACGAAAACUCUGGGACUACUUCUCUACUCUGGCGAUGAAUCGGAAUACAUGAUGCAAUCAUUUGAGGAAAGACGAGUUCACGUUAAACGACCAAACACUCCUCUUGCCAAAAAGAAUGGCAAGCAUAUGGAUGCACGAAGAGUCAUUGAGCAAAAACGAGCCAAAAUAUUUGAAGCUGCGCGAGAAUUCUGGCAAGCACUCCGAACCAGUGAUAUUGAUGGAAGUGACACAGUUAAUAUCAAUGAACUACGCCUUGCGAUAGAUAAGAGUACAUUUAACGAAAAUCACUCCAAAGCAUUGUUUUCAGACAGCUCUUUGGAAACAAUAUUCAACGAAAUUGACAUCAAUAAUGACGGUGAAAUCUCAUUUCAUGAAUUUAUUCAUUUCAUGGAGAAGAAAAGUGUCGCAUUUAUGUGUUACAUGCAACGGAUGUCCAUAAGAGACGACGUUGAUACGGUUACAGGCUUCCUGUCUGCAUUCCAGGAAAUGCUUGACGUUAACCUAAAACAGCUUUACAUGAAGGAACGUGAUAUGGAAAGGACUAUUGGAAUAAACACAGACUAUAUCAGAACAACAGAUUUUGAACUCCAAGAUGAAGACAAAGAUUUCCUCAUCAAAUGUGGUCAAGUUUCGACAUCAGAAUUUUUCAAGUAA